AUGGAGGGUGAAGAUAUGUCAGAGGCAAGUGCAGGGAUGCAUUGUUACGAGUCGGAGGAGCUAGAUUCUAUUGCAAGUGAUGAUGAAGACGGUCAGCAUGCAGCAUUUCCUCAAGCGAAUCCAGAUGCUCCAGUAAGGGAAGUAAGGUUGGAGGUUGGCAUGGAGUUUGAAAAUCUGGACCAUUUCAAGAAGGCAGUUAAGAAGUUCAACAUCAACAUAGGGCGAAGCAUAUUCUUUCCAAGAGUGGAUUCAACUAGGUGCAAGGCCAUAUGUUAUGAUGAGAGUUGUCCAUGGCAGAUAUACUGUGCAAAACGGUCAUUUCCAUUAAGCUUUCAGGUGAAAACGUUUGUGAAUGAGCAUACCUGCAGCAGAGUUAAUAAGAAUAAAUCUGCAGAUGGUAAAUGGGUUGUAGAGGAGCUUGAGGACAAGAUCCGUGAUCAUCCAGACAUGACUCAAAGGCAGGCACAAGAUUUUUUCAAAAAGGAGUAUGACGUGAUUGUGAAUGAAAGGAAGAUAUACAGGGCCAUGGUGAAGGCCAAAGAACGAAUAGAGGGCUCAGAAAUAGCUCAGUAUGCAGUUCUUAGGGACUAUGCUAAUGAAAUUAUGAGGACCAACCCUGGCUCCACUGUGAGGAUUAGUACUGAUUUUGUUGAAGGGACUGGGCAUAAGUUCAAAAGGAUAUAUAUAUGCUUGGAAGGGUGUAAAAAGGGUUUUUCGAGUGGCUGCAGGCCCUUUAUAGGGUUAGAUGGAACUUUUCUAAAGGGAUACUACCCUGGCCAGUUAUUGACUGCAAUUGGUCAUGAUGCCAACAACCACAUAUACCCUAUAUCGUAUGCUGUUGUAGAAUGUGAAUGCAAGGAUAGUUGGAAGUGGUUUCUCGAACUCCUACAAGAAGACUUAGGUGACGCUGCAAUCAAUGGAAUCAACUUCAUGUCAGACAUGCAGAAGGGCCUCAUCCCUGCUAUGCGUGAAGUGAAUCCAGGAGCACAUCACAGAUUUUGUGCUAUGCACAUUUGGCAGAACUUUAGAAAACAGUGGGGGGAUACAGAAUUAAAAAUUGCUAUGUGGAGAUGUGCCAAGGCCACAACCUCCCAAGAGUUCAAUGCUGUACUGGAUAGGAUCAAACGGGUUAAUCCCCAUGCUUGGAAUUAUCUAAACAGGAUCCCUACAAGUCAAUGGAGUAGGAGUGGUUUCAGUGAAUACCCAAAGUCUGACAACUACACGAACAACAAUUGUGAAUCAUUCAACUCUAGGAUAAAGAAAAUGAGAGGGAAGCCUAUUAUAACUAUGCUGGAAGAGGUGAGGUGUUAUAUGAUAAGCAUAAUUGCAAGAAACAAGAAGGCGUUGGUGGGAUAUAAUGGAGUAAUCACUCCUGUGCAGCAGAGUAGGCUGGAAAAAGAGAAAAGGGAGAGCAACAAGUGGCGGCCUUUUCCCACCGGAGAUGAUCCUGGUAAUGUGUAUGAAGUACAGUGCCUGCCACAUAAGAUUAUGGUGGAUAUAGAAAAGAGGACUUGUUCCUGCUAG